AUCGACCGGACUAAUUCCAUGGUGUUGGAUUGUAAGUGUCAGGGCACCCGGGGCUGAUCCCCAAUCCGACUGGCUUUUAUCAGAGGACGGAAAGGUCAGGUUUCGCCUGACGUACGUCCGUCUUCGCAGGAUAAUAGCGCGCUCCGCCAAUAUCGUGAAAGCUAAGGUCUGCAGUGAUCUAGACUAUUGUCGACCUCUUCAGGGGAAAGCUGUUGGUCUUUUUAUGAAUGCGGCGGAGUGGUUCUUGAUAAAGGAGGGGCCGAAAGGAGACUAAAGAAUAUCUAUAUAAUCGUAGAUCUUUGCCCACGAUCGAACAUCAUGAUCGCCUGUGCCCGUCGUGAUCGUCUCCAAGUAGAUCAUAAAAUUAAUUCUCCGUGUACAAUACCUAAUACGUAUCCGACUACCCAGAGACUAGCUUAUUCUAAUCUCCCGUUCCUCAGCUAGACUCAAAUAGCUCCCUGCAGCCAACAUGCAUAUUCCUCGCUUUACGUCCGCUCUACUGCUCGCCAGAGCCGUAGCAGCAGCCCCGACCGCUGGCACAACCUGCGAUUCAUCACUCGCCGAGUUAAAUGACCUCGUCAAACAGGCGAUUUCAACGCAGGAAGGUAUCCUAAACGACAGAACCGCUGCGGCCAAUCAAACGGGACAGACGUGCACUCGUGAUAAUCUCACCGUGCGUCGCCCAUGGGGCUCAUUAAGUAAACCAGAGCGCAAGGCUUAUACUGAUGCCGUACUUUGCCUACAAUCGUUGCCGGCGAAGACUCCUGCUAGCGUAGCUCCUGGCGCCAAAUCGCGGUACGACGACUUCGUAGCUACUCACAUCAUCCAGACCCAAACAAUCCACUACACGGGAACCUUCUUAGCUUGGCAUCGAUGGUUCGUGUAUAAUUUCGAGCAGGCACUGAAGAAUGAGUGCGGUUACACUGGUUCCCAACCGUACUGGAACUGGGCUCUGUACGCCAACGACCCCGCCUCGUCGCCGAUCUUCGACGGUAGCGCGUACAGCAUGUCCGGCAACGGCGCGCCGAUCGCCGACAAGGGCCCGAUCACGCUGCUGCUGGGUGACUUUGCGCCGAUCGAGCUGCCGGCGGGCACGGGCGGCGGGUGCGUGACGUCGGGCCCGUUCAAGGACAUGCAGGUGAACCUGGGGCCGGUGAGCCUGCCGCUGAACAACGGGACGGUGGUGACGGGCACCGGGCUCGAGCACAACCCGCGGUGCCUGAAGCGCGACAUCUCCGCGGGCGUGAACGCCGCCUACGCCAACGCCACCUCCGUCGUCAACCUCAUCCGCCAGCACGACAACAUCGGCGACUUCCAGAUGGUCAUGCAGGGCGUGCCCGGCUCCGGCUCCAUCGGCGUGCACGGCGGCGGCCACUACACCAUCGGCGGGGACCCGGCCGACGACGUGUUCACGUCGCCCGGCGAGCCCGUGUUCUACCUGCACCACGGCAUGAUCGACCUCGUGUGGUGGACGUGGCAGUCGCUCGACUACAGCAACCGCCGGGACGCCGUCUCCGGAACCGGCACCUUCCUGAACAGCCCGCCGUCCCCCGACACGACCCUGGACGACAUCGUGGAUCUCGGGUACGCCGGCGGCGGCCAGAUUACCAUGAGGGAGUUGAUGAGCAUCCAGGACGGACCGUUCUGCUACACGUAUAGCUUAUAAGCGGGGCGGUAGAGGACGAUGAUCAAGUUGUCGCCGAAGAAAGGCGUAUCCGAAGUCGCGAGCAGCUUAUCGGCGCGAGUAAUGGCCUACCAAUUAUAGAUGUAAUUUAAUCGAUUAAAUAGCAAUUUGCAAGCAAUAUAGAAUAGUAAUCAAGAGUUAGUUUGAAGUA